GCACGGUGGAACAACUAUUGAAGUAUUGAACUCAACUGUCUGUUUACUCCAAAAUCUUGUUUUUUUAAUCAAUAAAAAAAUCCUAAAAUGGGUAAAAAAGGGAGAGGAAAGCAGGGGGACCUCGGAAAAGCCCUCCUCCGAGAUCGUUUCGGAGUAAAUAGAUCGAAACGUGGUGCUAAAGAAGGUUCACUGCUUCACACAUCAGACAUGAACGACGGUUACCAGUGGGAUCGGCUCAACCUCUCGUCAGUAACGGAGGAGAGUUCCUUCCAGGAGUUCCUCUCGACAGCGCAGCUAGCAGGGACCGAGUUCCACGCUGAAAAGCUCAACAUAAAAUACGUGAAUCCCCAGAGUGAAAUAGGAAUUCUGUCAGAAUCCGAGCGAUCAGCUCUGCUGGAGGUCCACAAGAGCAACCAGUCCCUGUUGAAGAUCCCCAGGAGGCCGAGGUGGAACGCCCAGACGAGUGCCCACGAGCUCCAGACGAGGGAAAAAGAGGACUUCCUGGAGUGGAGGAGACAAUUAGCUCUUCUCCAAGAGGCCCAGGAGCUCACGAUGACCCCUUACGAGAAGAACCUGGAGUUCUGGAGGCAGCUCUGGAGGGUCGUAGAGAGGAGUGACAUUGUCGUGCAGAUCGUCGACGCGAGGAACCCCCUUUUAUUUCGGUGUGAGGACCUGGAGAAGUACGUGAAGGAAAUCGAUGAGGAUAAGAGGAACAUCAUUCUCGUGAACAAGGCGGACUUCUUAACGCUGGAGCAACGACAGGUCUGGGCUGACUAUUUCACUGACGUAGGGGUGAGGAUCGCGUUUUUCUCGGCCACCGAAGCCGCUGAGUCGAUAAAAUCCCAACUGCCUCCUGGGGAAUUGGUUAAAAAUAGGAAGAGAAGGAGCUCGAGGAUCUCCGAGGGUCUCGGUGAAGACGUUGAUGACGAAGAGGAUGAUGAGGAGGGUGAAGACGAUGAAGAUGAUGAUGAAGAGUCCUCUUAUUGCUCUGAUUUUGCCUCCAGCAGCGAGUACGAGAGUGCAACUGAGGAUUUGUCAGACAGAAAGCCCCAGGAAGAUGGGGAGAAAGGAGACGACGAUGGGGGGUCGAUGAUUCUAGAGAGGAAUUCCCCAGAGCUUUUGUGUCGAGACAGGCUCAUAGAGUUUUUUAAAGCCAUAGGGAAGGGGAUGAAGAAGUACACUGAGGGGGUGACCACUGUGGGACUGGUGGGCUACCCAAACGUUGGCAAGAGCAGCACGAUAAAUGCCAUUCUGAUGGACAAAAAGGUGUCGGUGUCAGCGACUCCUGGCAAGACCAAGCACUUUCAGACUUUGUUUGUGGAUAAGGAACUGCUGUUGUGUGAUUGUCCUGGACUGGUGAUGCCCAGUUUCGUGUGCACCAAGGCGGAGAUGGUGCUGAAUGGAAUCCUGCCGAUUGAUCAGCUGAGGGACCAUGUGCCCUCUGUCACCCUGCUGGCGAGGCUGAUCCCCAGGCAUGUCCUGGAGGACACUUAUGGCAUCAUGAUUCCUAAACCCAUUGAUGGGGAGGACCCCGAGAGGGCACCCACCGCUGAGGAGUUGUUGAAUACUUAUGGAUAUAAUCGAGGAUUCAUGACCCAAAAUGGACAGCCCGACAACCCCAGAUCAGCUCGUUACGUUCUCAAAGACUUUGUGAAUGGAAAGCUCCUGUACCCGGUGGCCCCACCAACAAUAAAUCAAGGGGAUUUCCACACAUUCCCCCCACGACGCAAGUCCAUCUCCGAGACGAGAGUCCUCCCCCCGAGGCAAAUUCGGGCUAGUCGAGGGGUCACAGUAACCAAUGAAGACCUGGACCGAAAUUUCUUCCAAGCGAACAACAGUGGAGUUCACGUGAAAGGGCUCCCUGGAUCAGCCAAGAUAAACCCUGAGAAUCUUGGGGCCAAGCCUUGGAAGAAGAUGAACAAGCAUGGGAACAAGAAGAAACGAGAGAAGACAAGAAGACUCUUCGCACAUCUGGAUCAGCACUAGAAUAAUUCCAAAUGUUGAUUAGUGGAUAUAAAUAUUUCUCUUUUGUACUCUAAUGUAUAUAUGGCUGAAUAGUCAAGCCCUUUUCACUCUCUCACGGUUUUUUAAUCCCAUGAGAAAGAAUUUCGCAAUAAAGAAAAUCAACUAGA